ACUGCUUUACAUAGCUUUGUGCUAUUAUUCUAGUCUUUUGCAGCUAACAUGCCUAUAAUUUCUGCCAGCCCAGCUGUAGUUGGAAGGUGUGUAGCACUUCUAAAGCGGUAUCUUCUACGGUAUAAGCCCAGUGAAGAGACAUUGCUUAACAUAGAUCGAUUUUGUCUUAUCAUAAUUGCUGAGUGUGAUAUUAGCCCAAACCAGAGAUUGUCACCAUGGUCCCAAUCUUUGAAUCAACAAUCUGGUCCAUCAAAAGCAUCUGCAAAUGCUUCUUCUUCUUUGCCUGUAUCUAGUUUUGCUUCUGUUGCUCUUGUUAAGGCAUUGAAUUAUGUUCGUUCACUUGUGGCUCAACAUAUUCCAAAGCGGUCAUUCCAACCAGCUGCUUUUGCUGGAGCUACAUUUGCAUCAAGACAGUCCCUUCCAACUUUGUCAUCUUUGUUAAGUAAAUCCUUCAAGUCCCACCUGUGCCCUACAAAUGGAGAAUCUUCAGAUAAGAAAGAUGCUGCAACUUUAUCUGUUUCAAACUUAUCAAAUAUUGAGGAAGUUGAAGGAAUGGAAAAUCCAGAAUACCUUGCAUUUGAUGUUCUAAAUUGGCGCUGGAUAGGGGAACGACAAUCACCUUCUUCUUUUUCUGAGAGCAGUGAUCGUGCUGUGAACAUUCAAGAUGUGGGAACGCACAAUUUCCUAGAACUGGGAGCAGCAGCUCUACUUGUUGGAGAUGUGGAGGCUAAAAUGAAGGGGCAGCAUUGGAAAUAUUAUGGCACCACCAAUUUGCCUUAUCUUGAUCAGCUGUUGCAGCCUUCAUCAGUCACAACAGUUACUAAUUCUGCUUCUGAGCGUUCUCACUUAAGAGCAAUAGCAGCAUUAAAACGCACUAAAGCUGGACCUCAUCAAAUUUGGGAUGAUUCUCCUAUGAGCACAUUCCGCCCACGUGCACAUCCUCUCUUCCAAUACCGUCACUACAGUGAUCAACAACCUCUGCGAUUAAAUGCUGCUGAGGUAUGCGAGGUUAUAGCUGCAGUUUGCUCUGAGACAUCUUCUCCAACUGCUAAUAGUAUGACAUUCUCAUCUAGAUUGAGUAAUAGCAUGGGAAAGCCAUCGAUGGAUGUGGCUGUGAGCGUUCUAAUUAAGCUUGUUAUUGACAUGUAUGUCUUGGAUUCUGGAACUGCCUCUCCACUAACUCUCUCUAUGCUCGAGGAAAUGCUUAGUUCUCCGAAAACAGCUUGUAGGGUGUGUGCUUUUGAUUUAAUUCUGAACCUUGGGGUCCAUGGUCAAUUGUUAGAGCCAAUGAUAAUUGAUGAUACUUCUACAAUUGAAGAAGAGUAUUCUGAAGAAUUGAUGUUGAACACUGGAGAUAAACUUACAGCAGAAGGGAUAAGAAAAAUAGAUUCAAUGAAGAAGGUGGACACUUUCUCAGCUAUUGAUAAAUUUGAGUCUUGGAUCUUAAACAUUUUAUUUGAGAUACUUCUUCUUCUUGUUCAGACUGAAGAGAAGGAAGAAUCUGUCUGGGCUUCUGCUCUUAGUUGUUUACUAUAUUUUGUCUGUGAUAAAGGAAAAAUCAGGAGAAGCCGCUUAAAAGGUCUUGAUAUAAGGGCUGUCAAGGCACUUGUUCAGGUUAGCAGAACAAAUUCUUGGGCGGAAGUUGUUCAGUGCAAGCUUAUUGGCAUCUUAACAAACAUGUUGUAUGUAGUUGCUGAUGAACCUAGUAUUGCACCCUCAAGUACCCCAAAUUUUCUUGUGGACCAGGUUGAUCUGAUUGGAGGAAUGGAGUUUAUUUUAUAUGAGUAUUCACUGGCAAACACAAGGGAAGAAAGAAGAAAUCUAUACUUAGUUCUUUUUGACUAUGUUUUGCAUCAAAUAAAUGAAACAUGUGCAUCUACUGGAGUUUCUGAAUAUAAUGAUGAGGAUAUACAACCUCUUGCAACCUUGCUCUCUUUGGCUGAUGCACCUGAGGCCUUUUACAUUUCAGUUAAGUUGGGGGUGGAAGGUAUUGGGGAGCUUUUGAGAAGAUCAAUUUCUGCUGCAUUGUCCAGAUAUCCUAACAGUGAACGCCUAAAUAUGCUAUUGGAGAGCAUGACAGAGAAAUUUGAUAGAAUAAUAAGUUCAUUUACUCAUUUAGAAAAAGAGUUUUUGCACCUGAAACAGAUGACUAAGUCUUACAAAUCUAUGGACAGCAUUCAGGACAUGGUUCACAAUGUUAUUAACAUGAAAGUGAAGCUUUCUUGGGCAACUUUACAUUCUCUUCUUCAUUCAGAAAGAAUGGAUUAUCGUAAAAAUGGGUUUAUAUGGUUAGGGGAUCUGCUUAUGGCAGAAAUAAGUGAGGCAGGGGAUGGGAAUAUGUGGUCUAACAUAAAAAGCUUGCAGCAUAAAAUUGCUCAUGCUGGUGUUCAUGAUGCUUCAGUCACUUCUGAUGUGCCUUAUUCUAUUUUACUAUUUUCUGGGCUUCUGAAGUCGAAAAGCAACUUAAUUCGAUGGGGUUUCCUGUUCAUUCUGGAGAGGCUUCUCAUGCGAUGCAAAUUUUUGUUAGAUGAGAUUGAAAUGCAACAUUCAAGCAACAGCAAAGUUGGCCAUGAUCAUAGAGAGACCCGACUUGAGAAAGCAAAUGUAGUGAUAGACAUUAUGAGCAGUGCUCUAUUCUUGGUGGUCCAAAUAAAUGAAACAGACCGCAUCAAUAUUUUGAAGAUGUGUGACAUUCUAUUCUCUCAAUUGUUCUUGAAAGCUCCUCCAAGUACAAUUUCUCUUGGACAUACAAUACAACCGAGUAAAGUUUCAAAUGGCACUUAUGAAAAUAGGAAAAUUAAUGCUACUGGGCAUGUUUCUCUACAAGAGAAUAAUCUCUGGGAUGAAUAUAUGGAAGAAACUGAUAGCAAAGCAGUAUAUGGUUUUAAGAGUCCUCUGAUACCUCAGACAUCUUCAAUGGCUGCUCUGUUCCUUCAAGAACUGGCUAUUGUUCCCAUGCAGUUAGUUGCACGUGUUCCAGCUCCUUUGUUUUAUUGGCCUUUAAUUCAACUUGCUGGUGCAGCGACAGACAAUAUUGCUUUGGGUGUUGCUGUUGGGAGCAAAGGAAGGGGGAACCUUCCAGGUGCCACUUCAGAUAUUCGGGCUACCCUUCUAUUGCUGUUGAUUGGUAAAUGUACUGCAGAUACUUCUGCCUUCCAAGAAGUUGGUGGGGAAGAUUUUUUCAGGGAACUUUUAGAUGAUACUGAUUCAAGAGUGGCAUAUUACUCUUCAGCUUUUCUUUUAAAGAGAAUGAUGACUGAAAAACCAGAGAAGUACCAAUAUAUGCUACAGAAGCUUGUUUUAAAAGCUCAGCAGAGCAACAAUGAAAAGCUGCUUGAGAAUCCAUACCUUCAGAUGUGUGGGAUACUUCAGCUUUCAAAUGAUCUUUAAGCUUGAUUGCACUGAUGAUUUCACCAAGUUAACUUCUAUGUUCUGAGAUACUACUGCAGUCAGUCUUCUGAAGCUUCAAGUUCCUUGCUCUUGGUGCUUGUGAUUUUUCAAUCCACACAACUUAUGACUUGAUUCUAGAAGUCAAAUAUCAUCAUAUGCUUGAUUCUUUGAGCCUGCAUAAGAUGGUCUUGAAUCUGAUUCUUAAUAAUAUCUUGGCAGCAAAGGCAACUUAAGCAAUUUUAUCAGAUUCCAAGCCUCCUCCCUUCUGAACAUUAGGAAAAGGUAUGAUCUCAGUAUUGGAUAUGACUGGAAAAAUCCUUCUUCGAUAUCCAUGCUCCCAUAUGAGCUGCCAAUGGCUCUCAGUGACAGGAAGAGGAGGAAAGGAGUGCCAGAAAUUUGUUUUGGAGUAACUGGAGUUAUUGAUUCAUCUGCCUUUGUUUCUCCUGAUGGCACAUGUCAAGGCAUUGAAUAUAUCUUCAGGGAGUUCAUAGACACUAGCAGCAAAACCAGGGUUAAUCAGCUCUGUUUCUCUGACCACUACUGUUCCUUUGCAACCAAUCAUAUUCCAGCAACCAAGUCAAAGUAUGUGUAUAUGCAUUUUGCCCAAAACUGCUCACUGGACUUGCUUAGGAGAGUAAUAUACGGAAUCCUUUGUACAUAUAUGUAGAAUUAUGAACCAAACUAGCAUUCUUUUUGGACUUUAAUAAUUUUGUUUGUGUUCU